UCAGAAAUUACGCCAAUUACCUAGUAAGCAAAUCCCCCGCUCCAUCUCGAUCCACACCCUCCCCCCUCACAAUCUCGCGCAUUCUUGUCUAAAGGCCUUUCUACUCCAGUCUACUCUUCUCCCACUCUCCCUUGUGAUUAGCAUACGAAGAACCGAUCGAACACCCGGUUCAAGGCUAAUACCUCUCAUCAGCCCAAGUCCAACAAACACACGAGAUAAUAUUCCAGCAAGCAACAAUGACCAAACCCGAAGACAGCGGCCUGCCCGUCAGCUGCCAGUGCGGCUAUAUCAGCUUCAAGACCCCGACGCCCAAGCCGAUCGGCAUGGCCCACUGCCACUGCACCGAUUGCCGGAAGCAGUCCGCCUCGGCCUACGGCACCUCGAGCUACUUCCCGGCGGACAAGUUCUUCCCGCUGGCGCCGGAGCUCGAGGGCAGGCUCUCCGUCUUCACGCGGCCAACCGACAGCGGCAACACGAUGCACUGCUACUUCUGCCCCAAGUGCGGGGUGCGCGUCUUCCACGUGGGCUACUCCCCCGACGGGCGGCGGCGCGACAUCGUCUCCAUCAAGGGGGGCUGCGUCGAGGGCCUGGACUGGACGGGGGUCAAGCACAUCUUCACGAGGUCGGCCGUGGUGAAGAUCCCCGAGGAGUGUGAGCAGUAUGACACCGUCCCUCCGUCGAUGCAGGGGAAUGCCGCGAAGAGGGAAUGAGAUAGAGGUUCUGAUUACUGGCCAUUUGUGUAUCUACGGUUGAAGACGUUGCCUGUUGUAGUGCCAAUGAGCCGAAACGAAGAGACGAAGAGACGAAGAGACGAAGAGACGAAGAGACGAAGAGACGAAGAGACGAAGA